AUGGACCAGCAGUACCUGACACCUCCGACGUCCUAUCGUCUGGCCGACAUGGCUCAAGGCGCCUAUGAUAUGCCGCUUAUGGAUAUCCAACAGCAGCCGCACGAAUCCCACCCGUCCAUGGGCAACCUCGUCCUCCUCGUCUUCGAGGCUGUCCUUGAGGUCGUUUGUGUCAGCUUGCCCGGCUACAUUGUUGCCCGCAUGGGCCAUUUCGACGCCGACAAACAGAAGUUCUUGGCCAAUCUGAAUGUCAUGCUCUUUACGCCAUGCCUUAUCUUCACCAAGCUAGCUUCCCAGCUCAACGCCGAUAAGCUCCUCGACCUCGCCGUCAUCCCCGUCAUCUUCAUCAUCCAGACCUUCGUUUCAUGGCUCGUAUCCGUUGGCGUCUCGCGUCUAUUUGGCUUCAACCGCCGCGCCUCCAACUUUGUCACGGCUAUGGGAGUCUUUGGCAACUCGAACUCGUUACCCAUCUCUUUGAUCCUUUCCCUCUCACAGACCAUCAAGGGUCUGCACUGGGACAAGAUCCCCGGGGACAACGAUGACGAAGUUGGUGCUCGUGGUAUCCUUUAUCUCCUCAUCUUCCAGCAGCUCGGCCAGUUGGUGCGCUGGAGUUGGGGCUAUCACGUGCUGCUCGCUCCCAAGGACAAGUACCCUGAGUACCAAGAUGAGCGCGUCGAAGAGGGACAUUACUACGUUGGAGACCGGGAGUCGGCACCACUCUUGCAUGAGUACGAUGACGGCAACGUUGCCUCUAGCAGGUCAUCCAGUGAUGACCUGUCGGACUACGAGCCGGCCGGCCGGACUCCUGUUGCUAGUAGAUCCAGGGCUUCGCCCGCCGAUACCGAAGACGAAGACGACGACUAUCCCAAGAAGACGAAGGCCAACGGACUCGCCCCCCUCAACGGCAAUCAUCCCGUUUUCGAUGGAAGUGGCGAUGAGAUAUCGUCUUUCCCCCGCAUUCGUAACACGGAUGAGCCUGAGGCCGCCGAGGGUGUCCAGGGCUAUCCUGCUCGCAUCAACAACGCCGUCGCGAAUUCCAAGCGCUCCGCCUCCAACUUUUUCAAGAGGCAGUACGGACGCCUCCCGCCUGCUGCCAAGGCUGUUCUCUCAGCACUGGGCCGCUUCGCUGACAAGUUUUACAAGUUCCUCUGGGAAUUCAUGAACCCUCCCCUGUGGGCUAUGCUUAUCGCCGUGGUUGUUGCUUCCGUUCCGUCUCUGCAGAAGAUCUUCUUCGAGGAGGAUUCCUUCGUCAAGAACAGUUUCACCGAUGCUGUCCAAUCUAGCGCUGGAGUUGCAGUGCCCCUGAUUCUGGUGGUCCUCGGUGCCAACCUCGCCCGCAACACCCAGAAGAGUGAGAAGCAGCGCGACCCCGAGGAAGACCAAAUCGGAACAAGGCUCCUCGUGGCCUCGCUCGUGUGCCGUAUGCUUCUCCCGACUCUCAUCAUGACUCCCGUGCUGGCCAUCUUUGCCAAGUAUGUGCCAGUCAGCAUCUUGGACGACCCUAUUUUCGUCAUUGUCUGCUUCUUGUUGACCGGCGCCCCGAGCGCCCUUCAACUGGCACAAAUUUGCCAGAUCAACGAGGUCUACGAGGGCGUCAUGUCGAGGAUUCUGUUCCAGAGCUACGUCAUCUGGAUCCUUCCAUCAACACUGAUUCUUGUCAUGUGUGCUUUGGAAGUAGUUGAGUGGUCCGCUUGA